AUGGAGGAUCAGUUCUCUCUGUUUGGUUCCCGCUCCGCCAGCAGGACCACAAACCCUCCUUCUUCUUCCUCUUCCUCUUCCUCCCCCGUAGUCUCUCCUGUCCAGUCAGUGAAAAAGGCUGACUGCCUGUCCAGCUCUGGCCCGGGCCUCAGUAAAGCAGAAUUCCUGGAGCGCGUACGACGCAGUAAUCAGGCCUGCCAGCAGGGGGAGUACGCGCUCGCUGUCCGUCUGUACACCGAGGCCCUGACCGCCGACCCCCAAAACUGCAUCCUGUACAGCAACCGCUCGGCGGCCCAUCUCCGACUGGGCCAGUACAGCACAGCGCUGGACGACGCCCUCAAAGCACGCGUCAUCAACCCCAAAUGGCCCAAGGCCUACUUCCGCCAGGGGGUUGCCCUGCAGUACCUGGGACGUCAUGCCGAUGCCCUGGCAGCAUUCGCCUCCGGCCUUGCCCAGGACCCCAAGAGUCUCCAGCUGCUUGUAGGCAUGGUGGAGGCUGCCAUGAAAUCACCCCUUAGAGACUCUCUUGAGCCCACCUAUCAGCAGUUACAGAGGAUGAAGCUGGACAAGAGCCCAUUCGUGGUCGUGUCUGUAAUUGGCCAAGAGCUACUGACCCACAGUUUCCAUGGAGCCUCAGUUGUGGUCCUGGAGGCGGGACUAAAGAUUGGCACAUGCUCCCUGAAGUUGCGAGGCUCUGUCUUCUCAGCGCUAAGCUCUGCGUAUUGGUCUUUAGGCAGCACCGACAAGAGUAUGGCCUACAUGCAACAAGACCUGGAAGUGACCAAGACUCUAGGUGACCAAUCAGGAGAAUGCCGCGCACAUGGGAACCUUGGCUCCGCCUUCUUUUCCAAAGGCAGUUACAGAGAAGCGCUGACCAAUCACAGACAUCAGCUAGUGCUUGCCAUGAAGCUCAAGGACAGAGAAGCUGCCUCCAGUGCUCUCAGCAGUCUGGGCCACGUGUACACAGCUAUAGGUGACUAUCCAAACGCCCUCGCCAGCCAUAAGCAGUGUGUGCUGCUGGCACGACAAACCCAGUGUCAGCUGUCAGAGGCUCGCCAGCUGGGCAACAUGGGUGCUGUGUACACCGCGCUGGGAGACUUCAGCAAUGCCGUCCAGUGCCAUGAACAACAUUUGGAUAUAGCAAAGACUUUAGAGAACCGGCGUGAGGAGGCACGGGCAUACAGCAACCUGGGCAGCGCUUACCACUCUCAACGGGACUUCGACAAGGCCAUAUCAUACCAUACACGGGUCCUGGAGUUGGCACAGGAGCUGGGCGAGAGGGCCAUUGAAAUGAGGGCAUAUGCUGGACUGGGGCACGCUGCCCGAUGCAUGCAGGACCUGGAGAGGGCGGGACAGUACCACCAGCACCAGCUCGAAAUCGCUCAGGAGCUCCAGGACAGAGCAGCACAGGGCCGGGCCUCUUCCAACUUGGGUAUCAUACACCAGAUGAAGGGGGAGUAUGAGACAGCACUGAAGCUCCAUAAGACCCACCUGUCCUUAGCCCAGGAGCUGGGUGAUUAUGCUGCCCAGGGGAGAGCCUACGGUAAUAUGGGCAAUGCCUACAAUGCCCUGGGUGUCUAUGAUCAGGCUGUGCGAUACCACCGGCAAGAGCUGCAGAUCUCACUGGAGGUGAAUGACCGUCCAUCCCAGGCCUCCACACAUGGUAACCUAGCUGUUGCUUACCAGGCACUGGGCGCUCACGACCGAGCUCUCCAGCACUACCUGCACCAUCUAACGAUCGCACGGGAACUUCGUGACACUCAAAGUGAAGCCAGAGCCCUAGCGAACCUGGGUAACUUCCACAGUUGGAGAGGAGAGUAUGCCCAGGCGCUGCCAUACUACCAGCAGCACCUGGCUCUGGCCCCAGGCCUGCAGGACCUGGAGGGAGAGGGCAAGGUCUGCCACAACCUUGGCUAUGCUCACUACUGCCUUGGACAGUACCGAGACGCUGUGAGGUAUUAUGAGCAAGAUCUGGCCUUGGCUAAGGACCUCCAUGACAAACUGGCCCAGGCAAAAGCCUACUGUAACCUGGGUUUGGCCUACAAAGCCCUGGGGGAGUACAGCAAGGCAGAGGAGUGUCAGAGAUACCUGCUCUCAUUGGCACAAGCCUUGGAUAACACACAGGCUGUUUUCAGGGCCUUGGGAAACCUCGGGGAUGUGUGUGUGUGCCGAGGGGAUCUUUCUGGUGCGGUGAGGUUUUACCAGCAGCAGCUAUCACUGGCACAGAAGGUCAGCAAUCAGAAGAUGGAGGCUGACGCUUAUUCAGCACUUGGAUCAGUCCACAGGCUGCUCCGCCAGCUGGACACAGCCUUGUCCUUCCAUAGCCAGGAGCUGACCAUCCGCAGGGAUCUCGGCGACCAGCAGGGGGAGUGUCGCGCCCUUGGCCACCUGGCGGCAGUGCACAUGGCCCUGGGGGACUAUGCCACAACCUUCCAGUGCUAUGAGACCCAACUGGGUCUGGCACAGGGGCUCAGGGACGCACGACUGGAGGCCCAAGUCCACGGGAACAUGGGUAUCACCAAAAUGAACAUGGGGGUGUUUGAGGAAGCCAUCGGAUACUUUGAGCAGCAGCUGGCCAUGCUGCAGCAGCUGAGCGGGACUGAGAGCAUUCUGGACAGAGGCAGAGCCUUUGGGAAUCUGGCAGACUGCUACGACGCUCUGGGAGACUAUGAGGAGGCCAUUCAGUACUAUGAGAAGUACCUGACUGUGGCGCAGAGUCUCAACCAUGUCCAGGAUCAGGAGAAAGCCUACAGAGGGCUCGGCAAUGCACACAGGUCCAUGGGUAGUCUCCAGCAAGCGUUGGUGUGCUUUGAAAAGCGGUUGGUGGUAGCCCAUGAGCUGGGCGGGGAAGGAGGAGGUAAGGCUCAGGCUUACGGGGAGCUGGGCACCUUACACAGCCAGCUGGGCAACUAUGAGCAGGCCCUGUCUUGCCUGGAGCACCAGCUUAACAUCGCACGCACAGCAGGGGACAAAUCGCUGGAGGGUGAGGCGAGUGGCGCACUGGGAGGCGUUUACCAGCUGAUGGCAGACAACGAGACAGCGCUACAGUGGCACCAAAGGGCCCUGGAUAUAGCGGAGCAGACAGGAUGUGGGAGGAGCCAAGGGCGAGCCUAUGGGAACCUGGGACUGACCUAUGAGGCUCUGGGAAAUUACGAGAGAGCCGUGGUUUUCCAAGAGCAACACCUGAGUGUCGCAGCGCAGACCAAUGACCUAACAGCUAAAACACUGGCCUAUGGGAGCCUGGGAAGGAUACAUCACGCACUGCAAAACUACGCACAGGCUGUGAUGUACCUGCAGGAAGGUCUGCGUCUGGCAGAGCAGUUAGGCAGGAGAGAGGACGAAGCUAAGAUACGACAUCGCCUAGGCCUGUCCCUGUGGGCCAGUGGAAACCUAGAAGAGGCACAACACCAGUUGUACAGAGCAUCUGGAUUAUUUGAGACAAUUCGUCAUGAGACACAACACAGCACCGAUUACAAGCUGUCUCUGUUUGAUCUGCAAACCAGCUCAUACCAGGCUCUCCAGAGAGUCCUCGUCAGCCUAGGCCGCCAUGAUGAGGCAUUGGCCAUAGCAGAACGAGGUCGAACACGUGCCUUCGCUGAUCUCCUGGUUGAACGUCAGAAAGGAGGGCAGCAAGCCACAAACUCGGACCCUUACAUCCCAGUUACUGUGGAACACAUCCUGGAUAUAGUCAAUGGGCAGAGGGCUAUGGUCCUCUACUAUUCUCUAGCAGGAGGUUUUCUGUACAGCUGGCUGCUGUCUCCUGGGACAGGUAUCGUGAAGUUCAAUGAGGUGUACCUGGGAGAGGCCGGUGUCGAGGCGUCUGAGUUCCAAGAAGGCAGUGCCAGUCCACAGGGAGGAGGAGGUCCUCUGUCUAUGGAGCAGUACAUCUCCAACGCCAGAGAGGCCCUGGGAGUGGACAGCCAUUACAGCAGGGUUUGCUCCAGCAGUGAGACUGAGAGUGAAGCAGGAGACCUGUUAGAGCAGCAGUUUGAGGAGCUGAAUAAUAAACUCACCUCAGCUGCUGACCCCACGGGCUACUUGCGCAUGGUGUCCCGAAACAACCUCUUUAACAGGAGUUGCCAAAGCAUGACCAGCCUAUAUAGUGCCACAGUGUCUCCAGUGAGAGAAAAUUCAUCCUCUCUUUCUUGCCGACCCAGCAACAUUGGCAAACCUCCUCUUCGAGCCCUUUAUGACUUACUCAUUGCCCCAAUGGAAGGGGGCCUGAUGCACAGCAGUGGCCCUGUGGGCAGACACAGACAGCUUGUGUUGGUGCUGGAGGGAGAACUGUAUCUAAUCCCUUUUGCCUUGCUCAAAGGCAGCUCGUCUAAUGAGUACCUGUAUGAAAGGUUUAGUCUCAUCUCCGUCCCUUCUUUAGCCAGCCUGGGAGCCACGGUCAAGCCCCAUCCUCGCCGUGGGGGUCCCUUACUUUGCUCAGAUGGAGGUUCAGUGGCAGCAGUGGUGGGAGCUCCCCGCUUGCCCCCUAGUGUAAUGGACCGCUGGCUUUGGGGGCCCCUUCCUUCAGCCCAAGAUGAAGCUCUUUGGCUAGGGGAACAGCUUGGAUGCCAUCCCUUAACUGGAGCUUCUGCGACCAAGGAGCGUGUAUUAGCAGCCCUUACUCAAGCGGAGUGUGUUCACUUUGCGACUCACAUAUCCUGGAAGUUGGCUGCGCUGGUCCUCUCCCCCAACCAAGACCAUACCGGGGGAGAAGGGGCAGCUGGCAGGCCCAAAGAGAAAUUACCAUGUGGGACAUCGAGUUCAGGCGAGACUACGGAUCAGGAUGCAAAGGUCAAGUCUUCAUUUGCAAAGAGUCACAGCAGUCCAGAGAGACUCAGGGGAGUGGAUGAAGCAAGUGAUGAUGGCGAGAGUUUGUGUGAGAUGGAGAGUGUUUGCGAUAGCCCACCACUUCAGGACUUCCUGCUCACAGCUGCUGAUAUAUUGAACCUGUGUCUGAAUGUCAAAUUAGUGGUUCUGAGGUUGUACCCAGAGUCGAGCAGCAGAGUGACAGCUGACGGGGUGGUGGGGCUGACUCGGGCCUUUCUGGCUGCAGGGGUACAGUGUGUGUGUGUCUCUCUGUGGCCUGUACCAGCAGCUGCCUCCAAAGUAUUCACACACACCUUCUACACAGCCCUUCUCAAUGGGAUCAAAGCCAGUGUAGCUCUGACAGAGGCCAUGAAGACACUACAGAGCAGCAAGCAGUUCUCACACCCCUCCAACUGGGCUGGUUACAUGCUGAUUGGCAGCGAUGUGAAGCUGAAUAGCCCGAUGUCCCUGGUUGGUCAAGCCCUGGCAGAGAUCCUGCAGUACCCAGAGAGGGCAAGGGAUGCCCUAAGGGUUCUUUUGCACUUGGUUGAGAAGUCUUUGCAGCGUAUUCAGAGUGGUCAGUGUAACCCAAUGUACACGUCACAGCAAAGCGUAGAGAAUAAGGUUGGUGGCGUGCCCGGGUGGCAGGCCCUCCUGUCUGCGGUGGGUUUCCGAUUGGACUGUUCUGGUAGUGGUGCUGGUCUCCCUGCCGCAGUUUUCUUCCCCACAUCUGAUCCUGGGGACCGGCUUCAACAAUGCAGCACCACUCUACAGUCCCUGCUUGGUCUUACUCCUCCCGCUCUCCAGGCUCUGUGUAAACUGGUGACAGCAUCUGAAGCUGGAGAACAACUCAUUCAUAAGGCGGUUAAAAGCAUGGUGGGAAUGCUUCACCAAGUGCUGGUGCAGUUGCAGUCAGGGGACAAAGAGCAAGACUUUUCACUGGCUCCCAUUCAAGUUUCAAUAAGUGUGCAGCUGUGGAGACUGCCGGGCUGCCACGAGUUCCUUGCUGCUCUUGGGUUUGACCUGUGUGAAGUAGGUCAGGAGGAGGUGGUGCUGAAGACCGGGAAGCAGGCUAGCAGACGUACUAUGCACUUUGCCCUUCAGUCCCUUCUGGCACUCUUCGACUCCACAGAGCUUCCCAAGCGACUCAGCAUGGACAGCUCCUCUUCCCUGGAGUCUCUCUCCUCCUCACAGUCAGCAUCCCAGCCACACUCCUUACCGCUGUCUCUGGGCUGCUACCCACCACAGCCUUCAUUCUUACCUCCAGUCUGCCCAGACAACCUUUCUUGUGAUGCCAUCUCUGUCUACAGUCUCAGUUCCCUCGCCUCCUCUCUCAGUUUUCUGUCCCGGCCGGAGCCUGCAGGAAGUGACAUCAUCAGUCAGCGCUCUCAUCAACAAGAGCAAGAGAGACAUCGGGGAGGAGCAGGGCUCUUUGCCUCACACCGGCAUUCUGGCGGCUUGUCAAGAGGUCGACUGACCAAUCUUGGCGGAGGAUUGGCAGGAGAAGGGGAGGAUGAAGAGUAUGAGGGAUUCUCCAUCAUAAGCAGUGAGCCAUUAGGAGGAGGGAGGGAAUGUGACACACUGCCACUGCCUGCGGGACACAGACACAGCAGAGGUGGUAUUGGUAGAGGAUCUGCUGGGUAUCCUAUCACAGUUUCCUCCAAGGGAAGCAUCAGCACUCCUACAUCUCCAAUCAAAGCUCCACCACUGCCCAUAACAGUUAACACCAGCCCCAAGCCCAAGGACUCAAUCUCAUCCCGUCAUGUGACUGGGAAAGGGAAGGUGAGCAGCUCAGAGUCGGACCAGUCGAGUACUGAGACAGACAGCACGGUCAAAUCCCAGGAGGAGAAGGCUCCAAGUGGGCCACUGGAUCCCCAGGAGCUGGCACAGAAGAUUCUGGAGGAGACCCAGAGCCACAUGCAAGCUGUGGAGAGCCUGCAGAAGGCAAAAAGUCGAGGGAAAACUCUGAUUGGAGCUGAGAGGAAAGAAAUGGAGAGUGCCAGACAACCAUCUCUGUCCACCCCCACAACCCCAACUCUGACCCCCACAGGAGGAGGGCGAGGGUUUCGUCCCUCUGAGACCAGUGCUUUUAGCAGACCCAGUAGCAGAGCAAGUCUGAAGGCCAGUUCCUCGCCACUCACCCUCUCCACUCAUCUGUCACCCCUCUCCACCACUACUUCAACACCUCCUUCAACUCGGCCUAAACCCCCAUCCCGCUCCUCAUCAUUGCAGAAGAUCAGCUCUGGCUAUAACAGCCCAGCUCACACCUCUCCAUCUCUGUCCCUCUCCUUGAAGGAGCGGGGUUCUCUUACUCCUUCAGACCUACACACCCAGGCUCAGCUCAAACUUAAAUACCCUACCUCACCUUAUACCACCCAUAUCUCACCUUCCAAUGCCACUAACCUCUCUAUCUCUGGCAACGCCUCUCCCGCCGGCAGCGCCCCAUCACCAGCCCUUUCCUAUUCCUCCACAGGAUCUGUGUCAGCCUCGUCCAGCCCAGCAAACACCCCAGAACUCAACCAGUUAAAACAGGCUGCGCUGGAUGAUAAAGUUCAGGCAAUUCAUAACUUAAAAACCUUUUGGGCCAACGCUGCCCAGAGACAUGAUGUCCCAAGCCCUGCCAGUAUACUCCGAGGAGGUAGUAAAAAGAUGAGCACAGUUCAGAAAGACGUUUUGGGUUUGUUGAACCUUUCACCUAGACAUGAGUCUGUCGGUAGGAAUGUAGAGGGAUCGCAGGAUCAGAGCUCUGAUUACCGACCCAAUGGUCACCAAAAACUGGAGACAAAACCACCUCUAGCACCAUCCUCUAAUGUUACCACAAACUCCAAGGAAAACAGUCCUGGUGGUCCUCCUCACCCUAUCAGAGUUCCCUCUGGAAAUGGCUACAAGUUUCUCUCACCUGGACAUUUUUUCCCUUCUUCUAAAUGUUGAUGGUUUGGAUAUUUGCCAUGUUGCUUGCAGAGCCAGUUGGCCCAUCCUCUGUUUGAUCAUUGGUGUAUGUAUUACAACAGAAAUUGUCCAUGUAUCAUCAAAACACAAACAUGUUGUAGCAAUACCUGCUGAAGACAAGGAAAAGUACAAUUUCACCUUUUAAAAGUGACUUUACAUGUCAUUUACUCUUUGUGAAGGGGUACUACACUAAUGUUUUGACUGUGAUGACUGUGCCUUCUUCUGGAGAGAACUGGAAGAACAAAAUGAUCUCAUGUAUGAGGAGUAUUGAGUCUUGGGCUUUAAAUUUCUUUCAUGACUGACUAGAGAGCAUGUUUCCCAAUGCCUCCAUGUACACUGAAGAAACUUUGACUUACAGUCUUUUGACUGAAUGCCUGUUACAGCUACAGAGUAAGGAGUACAUUUAAUGUCAACCUAAACGCUCGCUAUAUUUGUGUAAGUUGAUUAGCCACCUGAAUUGGAUGGAUUUGGGUUAAUGGUGUGAUAAUUAUUCUUAAAUGUCAUUACCAAUUAUUAUUGUUGUCAUUUAUUUUGUAAAUAAACUGUGUUUUGCAUUCAGUAUCACACAUUUUAUAAAGACAAUUAAACCAAGGAAAAAGUAAUGAAAAAAAUUUUGAUAUUUUUUAUGGAGAUCAAUUUUAUGUGAGUAAUUGUCAGCAUGGUACCGUACUUUUCAGUGAUUCAGUGUCUUUAUAAUGUACAAUUUUGCAGGAGUGCCAGACUCCUAUUU